CUAACUACUGCCGUUUUCACGGCAUAUUUGUUGUUUAUCAAGCAUACGGGGACCGACAGCGAGCACUGAGCUAUCAGAGAACGAUAGGAACAAUAGCCACUAACUGUUAUUAUUCCCACCGUCUGAAAGCUACUCCUCCUCCCCCUCGCAAGAGCCAUCUCUAUUGCAAUGGAAAAGUGCUGGUUUAUAUUGCGCCAGAGCCAUUACCCCCCUCCCCAAGAUGGUAUCGGACCAAUACAAUUGGGGCAUAUAAUACCUGAUCUACGAAGGCUAGAUCAGGUAAUAAAUGCCACUCCCGGUCCAUAUCCGUACCCACGGGGGAUUGCCAUAUACAAGAGCAGACAGGAAAUUGUCAAGUCCAAGAUAGAUAAUAACGACAAGGCUAGCUUAUCGAGCAGCGUUCUUGUACCCAUUCCACAAGCAGCAGGCCUCGUCAGUGUUGGAGGGAGAAUUGGCUACGCAUUCCAGCGUUCCGUUGCUCGGUAUUGGGAAUUUGACGCCCUCGACAUCAGUUUUAUUCAGCCGACAAGGGCCUACAUCGAAGACUGUUUAGGUGAAGACGCAGUCAAAAUGUAUAUUGAUCGGCAUCGACAUUUGAACUCCUGGUCUCUGUAUAUGGUGACCGGAUUGACCGUUGCGAGGGGUGCAAAGGCAAAGCGAGAGGAUAAAAAGAGAGACGAUAUCUCUAUCGCUCCCAGUGUUUCCGUCGCGAGUGUGGUAGAUGGCGAUGUGGAACUUCUCAGCAAUAGAAGCAACAGCGUCGCUUCAUCAUUUGAGAGGUCUUCGGAUUUUAUAUGGUCUAUUCGAUUGACGAAACUAUCUAAGAAAUUCUACUCUCGCGAUUGGGACCAUGAGUCCUACACAAAGGGAGCAACCUACGGACUGGAGGAUGAACAAAAUAAGGAAGAUAUAAAGCAAUUCUUGUCGUCACAAGCCAUCGACUCCAGUCAGAUACUUGAAGUGGGGGAUGAUAUUUUUGUUCUUACCGAUCCACAAACCGGCUAA